AUGGCGCCAUCGUCGUCGUACACGGGCGCCGCGGCCGUCGUUCCCGCCGCCGUCGCGGCAGCUCCCCUAUCCGCUGCGAUCUCCGACACCAACACCCAUGGCGGCGGCGGCGGCGGGGUGGACGUUGGCAAUGCCGGCGGUGGCGGCGACGGUUCCGGAGGCGGAACCUUGCACCACGUGGUAGCCAUUGACCAAGGCUUGCACCUGGAGCCGGAAACCUUGUCGUACUGGGGGUACGACGACGGGACGAGCACAUUGUUGGUGGUUAAGGGCGGCCUGGUGUUUGCGUACGACCUGUCCCCCGGCGUCACCCCGGGCAGCCCCGAGCAGCUGCGGUGGACAUUCCCGCUGUCCGACGGCCCCGCCGUACGGGCGCUGAGGCUGUCUCUGGACGGGGGCCUGCUGGCGAUACAACGUUCCGGCGUCAUGAUAGAGUGCGUGGAGCUGGCAACGGGGAAUGUGUUUGUGCAGGCAAGAAGGGGGCGGGGGGGAGGCACUGACCGGGGCCGCAGCGAGGUGUCGUGUUUCUUCUUCACGGAGUUGGAGGGGGCGGAUGUGGUGCUUGUGACACCGGCGGGGCUGGAGCUGCUGGAGUUCGUGCCCCGGCGGCUGGGUCUCAGAAUGAGGGAGCGACACCGGCCUCUGCGCUGCACGUUGAUGGGCGCGGCGCCGGCGGGCGCGGCGGCGCUGGUGGCGGGAAGUCCGGUGGCGGCGGCGGCAGUGGCGACGCCGCCGGCGCGCGUGACGGCGGACAGCCUCCGCCUGCUCAAGGUGUACGGCAGGGUGUACUGCGCACACAUGAACCGCCGCGCCCUAAGACUAGAGCUGUACCGCUUCUACACCGAUACCGUCGUACUGCAGCAUACUUACGAACUGUUCUCACCGAACGUGGACCUCGCGGUGGUGGACUCGGUCAUAAUCGUUGUCGCGGCGGCGGCAGCGGCGCAGGGCACGGACAGUGGCGGCGCCGCUGCCCCGGCGGCGGCGGCGCCGCAGUCGGGCGUGGCCAUGUUGUUCGACGUCGCCGCGACCACCUUUCAGCCCAUCGCCAAUCCGCUGCCGCUGCGGCCGCUGCGCCAUGGGGUGCCGCCGCUGCUUCCGCCGGAGGCGGAUGCCGCCGCCGCCGCCCCUGCCGCCGUCGCCGCCUCCGGCGGUGGCGGGAAGCGUCGUUGGGAGUACCUGGCCCCGAAUGUGGUCCUGGACCGGGAGACGCAGACCGCGUACCGCUUGGCCGUGAACCUACCCGCGGUGGCGGAGUCCUGCUCGGACCCGGCGGUGCUGGUGGGCUUCCUGCAGCGCCGCAAGGGAGCCGCCCCCGCCCCGGCGCUGCUCCCGCAGCCCAAGGCGCUGCUCAUGUGGGUGGUUCGUAACGCCCUGCAGGAGCGCGUCCCCAUGACCACCGUGAGGGCAAUAUUCGAUGACCUGUGCGCCGGGUACGCAGCGGCGCUAGACAGGGAGCUGGCGGCGGAGGCAGUGGCAGCGGCGGCGGCUUCGCCGCCGCCGUCGGCGGCUGGCGCCGCCGGCGGGUCGGCGGCGGCGGUUCCACCGCCGCCGCCACCACCUCCUGCGUCUGCGGUUCCCAUGCCUCAGUACGUCACUGCCGACGAGCUGAGUCAGGGGCUGUUCCGCUGGCUUCACGACGAGGAGGUGGUGGAUGCGCCGUACCUUCAGGCCGCUCUGUGGGAGUACAUGUGUGCGGCGUUCACAGUGGGCAUUCCGCUGCCCCGCUAUCUCCCGGAGCUGUCCGUGGAGAUACUGCUACAGCAAUCUCAGGAGGGUCAGGUGCUACAGCUGCUGUACGGCCAGAAGGAUUACGUGGCGGUGGAGGUAGUGAGGAGGCUGAUGGCGGCACCCGCGGCGGCGGCGGCGGCAGGGGCAGCGGCCGCGGAGGCGGCAGGGCCCAGUAGCGGCAGUAGCGCCGCCGUCGCGUGUGGCGGCGGAACCGGUACUAACGGGACCGAUGGCGCCGCCGCCGCCGCCGCGUCAGCACGCGGCCCUCUGUGCCCCCAGCUGGGGAUGGAUGCGUUGGCGAGGGCUGCGCUGGCGGCGAGGUACGAGCCCGUUGGCGGCGGUGUUGCCGCCGCUGCCGCCAGCGGCGACGCCGCGGUGUAUGUGGAGGCCCUUCUGGCUGCUGGGGAGGUGUUGCGAGCCGCCCGGGUCAUGCGGCGCUACCGGGUGUCGCGACCUAGCGUGAAGGAGUUCCUGGCAGCCGUAGGGGCUCGCGGGGAUGAGGCGAUGCUGGCGGCGGUGUACCGGACGUUCCAGUGCUAUAGGGGGCCUGUGGGGGAUGAGCAGAUGAUGGCCACAACCCCGAAGUGCGCGGACGAGCUGCUUGCCAGCUACCCAAAAUUCGACCUAGCGGCCCGCAAGCUCCUGCCUGCCCUGCAAACACCACAGCAGGCACUGGCGGCGGGUGUGUAG